AUGACUAAAGACAUUAGUGACCAGUACGUCGAAGAGGUCUCCAAUGCCUCGAAGGAGUCAAUCGUAUCCGCGGACGAAUUAGCAAAGUUGACAGAUGGACGGGGUGCUGAUUACAUUACGGGCUUGCCUGCGUGCUUGCGCCACUACUCCGUGGACCAACUGAAUGCGCUCGAAACCGGCUUCCGGAGGAAGGUGGACAGACGCCUGCUGCCUACCUUGAUAGGAAUGUUCCUUCUGAACAUCCUCGACCGAAACAACAUCGCGGCUGCGCGUCUGCAAGGCCUCGAAGAAGAUCUGGACCUCCACGGCAACCAGUACUACACCGCCCUGAUGAUUCUAUAUGUCGGGUACAUCCUCAUGCAGGUGCCCUCGAACAUGCUCCUGCCUCACGUCAAGCCAUCCUUGAUGAUCCCUGGCUGCAUGAUUGCCUGGGGACUGGUCAGCACUUUGACCGCUGCUACUCAAAAUUUCGCCGGGUUACUCGUCUGCCGCUUCUUUGUUGGAUUCACCGAAGCCCCGUUUUUCUGCGGCGCUGUUUUUCUACUUUCAGGGUGGUAUAAGAAGAGCGAGCUUGCCACACGUAUUACUACUCUGUACUGCGGUAAUACCUUGGCGAACUGCUUCGGCGGCCUCAUUGCCGCUGGUGUCCUCCAUGGACUAGACGGAGUGAAGGGCAUGCUCGCAUGGCGGUGGCUGUUCAUCGUCGAGGGUACUGCGACCAUCCUGAUGGCAAUUGCCGCCAUGUUCAUCCUCCCUAACUGGCCGCACAACACGUCCUGGCUCUCCGCUGAGGAGAAAGAAAUGGCCAGAUAUAGGCUUGCGUACGAGACUGCCGGAAGAGCCGAUGACGAGGAUGAUUCACCGCUUGAGGGCCUUAAGCAGGCCGUGUCCGACCCCAAAGUCUGGCUCCUAGUCCUCAUGCAGCACGCUCUCCUGGUUGGCAUGAGCUACGUCUACUUCUUCCCCUCGAUUGUGAAAACUUUAGGCUACGGCAACAUCCACACCCUCCUUCUCACCGCACCUCCCUACGUCUUCGCCUUCAUCACGGCUAUCAUUGUCUCAUGGCAUUCGGGAAAGACGAAUGAGCGCUGCUACCACAUUGUCGUUCCCAUCCUCAUAUCCGGACUUGGCCAGGUCAUCUUUGUCUCCACCCUCCAGACUGGCGCUCGAUAUUUCGCCAUGUUCCUCAUGACCGGCGGCGCAUAUUGUGCAUUCAACGUCGUUAUGAGCUGGGUCUCGUCCGCCAUCCCGCGGCCAAGAACCAAGAGAGCUGUUGCUCUGGCUAUGGUUGCUGCCCUCAGCAAUGCUAGCCACACGUAUACAAGUUACAUCUUCCCGAAGGAGGACGCGCCUCGCUACAUGAACUCUGCUAUCAUCUUGGCCGUCUUCUGUGUCGUCUGCGCUUGCUGCGCCUUGGGCUUGAGGUUCUGGCUUGCGAGCUUGAAUAAGAAAGCGGCAAUCGAAGAAGCGGGCGAUGCUGAGUCAGGAGUCAUCUAUGACGGACACGUCUCGAAGGCUACGGGCAUGAGGCGCGGUUUCAGGUACCAGCUAUAA